AUGUCACUGCAGUACCCACUUCUCUUCCCAUAUGGUGAUGUUGGUUUUCGUGCUGGCAUUAAGCUUAGAGAGGUAGAUGAUCAGCCGCCUGCGAGUCGUGAUGAGGCGUCCAUGCUUGAAUAUUAUCGGUAUGAGUGCCACUACCGAAAGGAUGAGCCCAACCUAUUUACUUGUUGUGGUAGACUUUCUGAUCAGCUCGCUGUUAAUGCUUUCUCAUGUAUCGAGACAUCUCGCCUCAACUUCCAUACUCUGAGCCAGAAGAACCUUCGCUCUGAAACACAUUAAGGUAUAUCUGAUGCUGUUGGUAGGGGAGACACUAAUGGAAAAGAUGUUGGUAUAAAGGUAAUUCUGCCAUCAAGUUUCAUUGGAGGAAGGCGAUACAUGGUGCAAAAUUACCAUGAUUCAAUGGCGUUGUGCGGUGCCUACGGUCCUCCUCACAUAUUUUCAACUUUCACAUGUAAUCCUAAAUGGCCAGAAAUUGCUCAGGCGAUUCGUUUUGAGCUAGGCCAGAAACCAAAUGAUAGAAGUGAUAUGGUCACACGUGUUUACCAUAUGAAGCUAGAUGAGUACAUUACAUAUAUUAAGAAUGGACAGGCAUUCGGUCCAAUACAAGCUGUUGUAUACACUGUCGAGUUCCAAAAAAGGGGAUUGCCGCAUUCUCAUACAUUAACAUGGCUCAUGGGUCAAUCUGGAGAUCCUUCACCUGCAUUCAUUGAUAGCCUUAUAAGUGCUGAGAUACCAGAUAUAGGCACUGAUAAAUUUGGGUUUGGUCUUGUUGAUGAAUUCAUGAUACAUGGCCCAUGUGGUGAGCACAAUCCACAUUCUCCUUGCAUGAAAGAUGGUAGGUGCUCAAAGGGGUAUCCAAAACAAUUCUGUGAUGUGACUUCCAUAGAUGAUGAUGGCUAUCCUAUCUAUCGAUGACGCAACAAUGGUCGCUAUGUGGUAAAGAAUGGAGUUAAGCUGGAUAAUCGGUGGGUUGUCCCUUAUAAUCUAGCUCUUCUCAAGAAAUUUCAAGGUCAUAUCAAUGUGGAAUGGUGCAAUAAAACGUACCUUAUCAAGUACCUUUUUAAGUAUGUAAAUAAAGGAAGUGAUUGUACUGCGUUUGCUUUCAAGCAGAAGGAUUUAGAGGAGGCAGACACUAGCAGCGCCAACAAUGGUGGGAUAGAUGAGGUUAUGCAGUACAUCAAGUCUAGAUAUCUAUCAACUUGUGAAUCAUACUGGAGAUUAUAUGGGUUUGAGAUACAUGGAAGAACUCCUUCUGUUGAGCGGCUUGUUGUGCACAUGCCCAAUAUGCAGUUUGUGAUAUACCAUGAAGAGGUUGACCUUGAAGAGGUUAUAGAAGACCCUGAUUCUUCCAGAACUAUGCUUACUGAAUGGUUUGUUGCUAAUCAACGACACAUCUUUGCCAGGGAUCUCACAUACUGUGAGUUUCCCUCCAAGUUUAACUGGGACUCCGACAAAAAAGUCUGGACAAAACGUAAAAGAGGAACCAAAAUAGGGAGGUUAAGGCAUAUUCAUCCAAGUGCUGGGGAGCCAUUCUACCUUAGAAUGUUGCUGAUGGUAGCUCGAGGUUGCAUGACUUUUGAAGAUGUCAGGACAUACCAAGGUGUGACAUAUAGCACCUAUCGUGAAGCUUGCCAGGCACGUGGUCUUAUUGGUGAUGAUGCUGAAUGGGUUCAUCUCUUUGAAGAGGCAGUUAUCUGGGCUACUGCAUACCAACUCAGGAACCUAUUCAUGACUGUUCUAGCACAUUGUGAUGUAGGUGAUGUUAGGGUUUUGUUUGAUAAAUACUGGAAGUAUAUGGCAGAUGAUUUUGCUUACAAGCUAACCAAAGCUCUUGGAGUACAGCGUAGAGCUAUUCCGGAUGUUAUGUUACAGAACACCUUGCUCAAAGAAUUGGAUGGCAUUUUCUCAAAUAAUGGCUUAUUAAUCUCAUCAUUCGAUCUCCCGACACCAGCUGAAUGUUCGGAUACCAGUGCAGGAAAUAGGCUUAUUUUAGAAGAGCUUAGUUUCAACCAAGACAGCCUCCAUGAAGAGUCUAUGUCCAUGUAUGCCAGCUUGAAUGAUGACCAGAAGAAGAUAUAUGACAAGGUCUUUGACAGGCUAGCUCAUAAGGAAAAAUGUAUUUUCUUUAUAUCUAGACAUGGUGGAACAGAAAAGACAUUCUUGUGGAAUGCUAUUAUGGCAAGGCUGAGGUCAAGAGGCGAGAUCGUUCUUGCAGUUGCUUCUUCUGGAGUCGCAGCUCUGCUCAUGCCUGGUGGAAGGACAGCUCAUUCACGCUUUCGAAUACCUAUAGAUAUACAUGAUCAGUCCAUGUGUGGUGUUCGUAGAGGUACAAUACUUGGAGAUCUUAUUAAGAAGGCAUCAUUGAUUAUAUGGGAUGAGGUGCCUAUGACAAACAAGCUAUGCUUCGAGGUGCUGGAUAGAACUCUUCGGGAUAUUCAGUCCACUGAUGAUGCAAGUAAUGCGCAUAAGCCAUUUGGAGAUGGAUUACAGUCUCCUAAAGGAUGUCACACAGGAAUCACACCGUUGGCGCGUACGAGUGCGGGCAACCCGCUUCUCGGAGUUCACCACAGCUAAUGAGCCUGACAAGAUUUUGCGCCUUGAUUUAGUCCUGCUUGAUGAGCAGGGCGACAUGAUGGAUGCGCAAAUCCCAGGACGCCGCGUUGUUCAAUUCAAGCCUUUGCUAAAGGAAGGCGCUGUGUAUUACAUCAAAUACUUCGAAGUCGCCGAGGCACGCCCCCAGUAUAGGCCUGUUGAUCGACUGUUGAUGGCAAAGUUCACUGCUCACACAACCGUUACAGAAGAUACUGGACCACCAUCCACGUUCCCAUCUUAUGCCUGCAAAAUUCUUUCUUUUGAUGAACUCAGAGCUCGGGCUUACAAGAAAGAUAUUAUUUCAGAUGCUAUAGGCAUAAUGACAGCCAUCGGGCCAGUGCAGACUGUUUCUUAUGCAGGUGUUAUGAAAGCUGUGCUUAAUGACCAUAUAACCAAUGGAAGAGAAACUGUCGUCGUGGCGUUAUGGGGUCCCCAUGCUACACAAUUCCACGCUGAAAACUUGCAGCAGCAAGCAGACAAUGGACAUGUUGUCAUGUUAUUUGUUGGUUUAACUGUUAAAUUUCGAGACCGCCAGCUAGCCCUACAGGGUAGCACUGUCUGUAGAUGGUAUCCUAACGCACCAAUCCAGGAAACAAUCUCCCUCAUAAGCAGCCUUCACGGUAACCCACAGGUGGUCAGGAUGAUAGAGGCUAACUUCGGUCAAAAGGAAGCUAUAAAUGUCAAAGUUUCUGAUAUUUGUGACCUUAAUCCCCAUGAGGCCUUGGGCAAUAGCUAUGUUGUCAAUAUAAUCAUCAGGGACUUGGUUCCUGCUGAGCCUUGGUGGUAUAUAGCAUGCAGCACCUAUAAGAGAGGCACAGCUAGAGAAGGAAACGCAUAUAAAUGCCCGAGAUGCAGCACUGAUGCAAUAGAAACAAGGUACAGAGUAGUUAUCAUGGGUAUCGAUCCAUCGGAUUUGGCAAACGAUCAAGCCAAAGCUGCUGAGUUUACCUUCUUUGGAGAAAUCGGUGAACAAUUGAUUGGCAGGCCUGUUCUUAACCUGGUUGCAUCUGUUCAUGGAGCACGAGAUAUAGUACCACCAGAGAUCAAAGCAAUUUUUGGCAGACAAUAUGUCAUUAGAACUAGUGUGUCACGUGGCUCAUUGCAAAGAAAUCGGGUAUCCUACCAGGUGGAUUCCCUUAUGCUACCCCACCCAGAUCCAAGCCAUGCAAUUUGUCUACCCAGCCAUGAUACUUGCAUGGGCUCUUCUGGACAUGGCUCAACAUCAGCUAAUGCAGUUGAACCACAUGCCAUCGUUUUGUCUUCUACUCAAUCUAUGCCACCUUCUACGCCGUUUGUGCUUCCAGAUACAAAGGACACAAGGGACAGCCAUGGUGAUCAGCAUGAGGCAACACCACCUACUCCACAGGUCAUAGCUAUAGCACAUCUAGAUAAAAAACGUAAAUCUUCUAUGGCUGAUGAGAAUCUUGGCCAUGGAGGCUCAUCUCCUGAUGAACAUGAUCGUCGCAAGCCUUCUGUUGUGCACACACUGUUCGUAGACAAGCUGCCACCAGAGCUGCCAAAAUGACUUGAGCCUCCCAUGUGAUAUCCCCAGAGCGAAGUGACCUUUUGCACCUGGCAUGGCAACGCGCAUACUUCUCUCCCUGAUUGAAGCAAAGCUAAAAUACUUUGGUCAAUCUAUUUUGCAGUGCCAACAUAGAAAAGAGAAAUGUUCUUUUGCGCAAGCCAUUAGACCAAUCGAUAUUAGUUUUACCUGUUACGGGCUCACUACCCCUAAUAGCUAGCCAAAUGAUAAAUGAAUUAGUAUCAGCAAUGUUUGGUGUCUGUAAUAUAUGCACGUUCUAACAAAUAUCACUGCAAGUGAUAAGACAUAGUCUUAUUAAUAGUACUAUAUCUAUUCCGCUUAUACUACUUCCUUCCUGAGCAA